CGCACCGUCUCCUUGCGUAAUUGGCUUGGAAAAUUCUCAUGGCCAACCCCAACGCUGAAGUGACGACUUCAUUAUUCCACUACAAUUUAAGGCGAAUUUGGACUUAAUUUACGCUCAAAUUUAAGUCGUUCAAACAGUCAUCAUCCUGUUCAAAUUCAGAGGGUUGAAUUUUAAAACCUAGCUGUUUCCUCAAAAGGGGGACCAAGUAAAAGUACAUCUCCACCAAAACGAGUAUAUUUUCCCCAAACCCCCCAUGUUGCUCAAACCUAAAAACCAAGAUGAAUAAAGCAAAUACUCAAAGGUAUACUGCCAUUUCUAUUCAACUCGUAAUAGAAGUUGAGAAAAGCCAACCAAAAAAUUGACAAAAAUUAUAGGAAUCUUCGCAUAUUUUACACACUAUUACCUUGAAAACAUCAUAAAUUCUUUGUUUCCACCUUGUGAUUUUAACUACUUGUACGUUUGUAAAUGUUACCAACUGGCCUGCUUGCGUGAUAAAAAGAGAGCAUCCGCUGGCUUAUUGGACUUUCUUUUUCUUCCUUUCUGCUUUAGAUCUAAAAACCCAAUUCGUGGAUUAAUUCUUGUUGUUAGUCAGAAAGGAAUUUCAGAGUCUGCUGUAUUCUUUUUCCUGUUUUGUGAGUUAAAACAGUCAGCGGAGGAAACAAAAGAAGGAGAUCUAUGGGGUUGGUGGGUGUCCAAGAAAAUGGUAAUGGGGAAAUGGCUUUGUCUUUGGGGAACAAGAAUAAGUACAAGAGAAUGGAUUCUAAGUUAUCAGAUGAUUUUGAUGAUGAUGCUUCUCAUCAUCGUCAUCAACUAGAGAGGAAGAGAAGUAUCAGGAAAUAUGUUCUUGCUUGUGCCAUUUUUGCAUCUCUCAACAAUGUUCUUCUUGGCUAUGAUGUAGGCGUCAUGAGUGGAGCAAUUAUAUUUAUACAGGAAGAUCUGAAGAUAACUGAGGUACAAGAAGAAGUUCUCGUUGGGAUUUUGAGCAUCAUUUCACUUUUGGGUAGCUUAGCAGGUGGAAGGACAUCAGAUAUUAUUGGUAGAAAGUGGACAAUGGCCUUUGCUGCCGUUGUAUUUCAAAUUGGUGCAGCUAUAAUGACACUUGCACCUUCAUUCCAAGUACUAAUGAUAGGACGAGUUUUGGCUGGGAUUGGCAUAGGCUUUGGGGUCAUGAUUGCUCCAGUCUAUAUUGCUGAGAUAUCACCAACCGUUGAUAGAGGCUCUCUUACCUCCUUCCCAGAGAUUUUCAUAAAUGUAGGAAUUUUGCUUGGUUAUGUCUCAAAUUAUGCAUUCUCCGGUCUUUCAGUACACACAAACUGGAGGGUAAUGCUGGCUGUUGGAAUUUUGCCUUCAAUCUUCAUAGGGUUUGCACUUUUCAUUAUCCCUGAAUCACCAAGGUGGUUGGUCAUGCAGAACAGAGUUGAAGAAGCAAGAUCUGUGCUAUUAAAAACAAAUGAAAUUGAGAAAGAGGUGGAUGAGAGGCUCUCAGAAAUAGUGGCUGCAGCUGGAAUGUCUAAUGGAGAGAAGAAUGAAGAUAAAGCUGUGUGGCGUGAACUGUUAAGCCCUUCUCCUUCACUUCGUCGGAUGCUGAUCACUGGCUUUGGAAUCCAGUGUUUCCAACAAAUCACUGGAAUAGAUGCGACUGUGUAUUAUAGCCCCGAAAUCUUGAAGGAUGCUGGGAUUGAGAGUAAUUCUAAGCUUCUUGCUGCAACAGUUGCUGUGGGUGUCACAAAGACUGCUUUUAUAUUGAUUGCUACAUUUCUUGUUGAUAGAGUAGGGAGGAAGCCCUUGCUCUAUGUGAGCACAAUUGGAAUGACUGUCUGUUUGUUUACCUUAAGCCUUAGCCUUGCCUUACUGGGGAAUGGGCAGCUCGGAAUUGCACUGGCUGUGUUGUGUGUUUGUGGAAAUGUAUCUUUUUUUUCUGUGGGAAUGGGUCCUAUUUGCUGGAUUUUGACAUCCGAAAUCUUUCCUUUGAGGUUGCGAGCUCAAGCAUCUGCUCUUGGGGCUGUUGGUAACAGGGUAUGCAGUGGCUUUGUUGCCAUGUCGUUCCUUUCUCUUUCCCGUACAAUUACAGAGGCUGGAACUUUUUUCCUCUUUUCACUUUUGUCAGCUCUUUCUGUUCUCUUUGUUUACACACUUGUUCCAGAAACAAAGGGGAAGUCAUUGGAACAGAUUGAGUUGCUUUUUCAAGAUCAAAAUGAAUGGCAAGGAAGUGAAGUGGAGCUGGGAGACUCUGAGCAUCUAGUACAGAAAGCAUGAGUAAUUGGGGAUUGGCAGGUGCAUUUUUCAAGGUGGAAUCUUGCAAUUUUUGGUUUAAUGAUUGAAGAGGAAAAGGAAGGAACGAUAUGAAAAUUUACAUUAUUCACGGAGCUGUCAUUGUGCAUCAGCUAAAGAGAAUUUUUUCUAACACCCUGGGUAUCUGCAACUGAAAGCUCUAAGAGUUGGUAACCAAAAGGAGGUCUUAUGAUACUUGAGGUGCAUUAUUAAGUAUGCCUGAAGCUAUUUUUGUUCUCCAUGUCUUCUUAUACGGUUUAUUUAUCUUGUGAUCUAUGAGAAAAUAGUAUUCAUGUUAGAAGUAUAGCUUGGAUUCUAGCCAAAUACUUCCCUGUAUCAGUAUUUGAUUGCCUCAUACAAAUCCUCAGAAAGUUUGCCAUACAAUUGAUGGAAACUAACAUGGCUGUGCUUCUUCAUGUUUGCACCUUUUAGGCAAGUCAUGUCAUGUUUAGUUCAAUGAGUAUGGGAAUCAUUUUAAAUCAGACUUUGAAUUUGCAAUCCCAAACUUAAAUUUAUAAUGUAAAAGAUAAGUGGUUAGCGUCGUCUGUUUUCUUGUCUUUUUUUUUUCUUGGUUAAGAUAUGCUUUCUGGAUCUUGGAAUCCUGCAGAUGUUAAAUUCAGCUUGCUUGGUUCCUCAGGUUUGACUCUGUGAUGGUU